AUGUGGAUUGUCGGUUCCGGGCUGGACCAAAAUACAGCCCGGGCCUGGCCGAAUAAAGAGUUGCCGGCUGGAUGUGUAUUUCAGGCAGAUGAAGCACCAUCAGCAAGCAGAGAACUUUCCGAACGUAUUUCCAUGUUACUGGAUUCACAGCGUGAUAUUCGACGGGUUUGUAUCGCAAAGUAUUUGCGACUGUUCGAGAUUCAGAAAGAAGACACAGGAUACGGGUGUGGAUAUCGGAAUUUACAAACCAUCAUUGCAUCGAUUGUGAAUGAUCGGGAACUGAGAUGUGCCGGUGGAAUAACUGAAGUGCUAACGUCGAUUCAGCAAAUACAAGAGGGAAUUGAACUGGCUUGGAUGGUCGGAUUUGAUCCAGUUGGUGCCUCUAAUCUGGAUUUUCAUUUGAAAGGAACACGAAAGUGGAUUGGUGCAACGGAAAUUGCCGCAUUCCUUCAGUACCAUCGAAUACGUGUGCAACUAGUUGAUGUAAGAUUACUACUGAAUCGAAUUCAAAAACAACGACAGAUCGUGGAGUGGGUCUGGCGGUAUUUCAAUUCUGAUGGACCGCAGAUACCUUUAUAUUUUCAACAUCAAGGUCACAGCCGUGUUAUAAUUGGAUGUAUUGAAAGUUCGAACACAUCGACUGGAAAGGAGCUACUCAUCUAUGAUCCU